AUGGGGAAGACAAGCAAGUGGAUUCGGAAUUUCUUAACCGGAAAGAAAGAGAGAUCCAAAGAGAAGAUAACUCAGAGCGAGUGUGGAUUCACUUCGACGAUUCCAGGCACUCCUAAAGAAAAACGUCGAUGGAGUUUUAGACGUUCUUCUGCCACUGGACCACCACCAGCUUGUGCUUUUAUUCCCAAAGAUUCAUCUCAACCGCCACCGCCUCAACCGCCACAACCGUUCGUGGUCGCAAUCGCGGUUAUUGAAGAUGAGCAAACCAAGAACGCCUCAGCCUUAGACUCAGAGUUUGCAGUGGAUGUUGAAGAAGCUGCAGCAGUGAAGAUUCAGGCUUGCUUUCGUUCUCAUUUGGCGAGGAAAGCAUUAAGAGCUUUAAGAGGAUUAGUGAAAUUACAAGCACUUGUAAGAGGUCACUUGGUGAGGAAACAAGCAACGGCAACGCUUAGAUGUAUGCAAGCAUUGAUUACACUUCAAGCCAAAGCUCGAGAACAGAGGAUUCGUAUGAUUGGAGGAGAUUCAACAACAACAACAACCAAACCCACAAAUCCAAGAACGUCGAUUCACAAAUCAAGAAUCAAUAACAUUUACUACGAGAAUGAAGAAAACAUCAAGAUUGUGGAAAUGGACAGUCAAUCUAAAAUCUACUCUCCGGCUCCUUCUGCUAUAACAGAGAUGAGUCCUCGAGCUUACAGUAGCCAUUUCGAGGACUGUAACUCUUUCAACACAGCGCAAAGUAGUCCUCAGUGUUUCAGAUUCAAAGAGUAUUGCAAUGGAGGAGAUUCUUUGUCUUCUUAUGAUUACCCUCUCUUCCCUAAUUACAUGGCUAAUACUCAGUCUUCUAAAGCCAAAGCUAGGUCUCAGAGUGCGCCGAAGCAGAGACCUCCUGAGAUCUAUGAGAAGCAGACGAGUGGGAGGAGAAGAUCUUCCAUGGAAGCACCGAGGAAUGGUGUACCAAGAGCUGUACGGAUGCAGAGAUCUUCAUCUCAGUUAGGCAAGGAAAGUCAACAUCAACAUCAUCAUCAACAACAUCAUCAGUACUAUCCUUGGAUGGCGAUUAAGCUCGAUAGAUCUAACAUUUCGCUUAUGGAGAGUGAAUCCGGAUCUACUAGUACGGUUAUGACCAAUACAAACUACGGUAGACAUGUUGAUGGGAACAGCAUUUACUGA